AUGUACCCGGUUGAUCUGACAAAAACGGUUCCACCGGCGACUGCCGAUAAGAAGGUGUCCCUAAGUGACGCCGAUAUUGACAAGAUCGCCCUGUUCCUCGUUGGUAAUCAGCAACGCUUCAGAGAAAACAUUAUAAUCCCCAGAAUUCUGGGACCUGUACAGAUAAAGACCAUCGAGGAGAAGAGAAUAGACAGCGUGAUGGAAAGCUGUGCUUUUAAGAGCAUUAUGAGUUGUGUUUUAGGAUAUGGUUUGGGAGCAGCUAUUGGAUUAUUUUCUUCCAGCGUGAAUCCCAACGUAGCGAGCGUUGAGAGGCAACAGAGCGCACGAGAGAUAUUAAAGGAAAUGAAAAUCACGACCCUUAGCUACGCGAAGAACUUCGCGGUUGUCGGAUGCGUAUUCUCCGCUAUCGAGUGCACAAUAGAAUCGUACAGAGGUAAAACUGACUGGAAAAACGGCACUUAUGCAGGCGGUUUGACGGGUGGAUUAAUUGGCUUAAGAGCCGGUAUAAAAGCGGGCAUAGUCGGUGCCGCAGGCUUUGCAGCAUUCUCAACGGCGAUAGACUAUUACAUGCAUAGAUCUUAGACUGCAGAGCACAGAUUGUUAAAAGAUAUAUAUUUGUAUAAAAGAGAUAUAAAAAUUUAUCUAAUUACGUAUCUAUACA